AUGCAAUCAAUUGCUGACUUCGACGAGGUGCUCAAAGCUAUUGCGGUUCCAGCCACUCGUGAUUAUUCGAGACUUUCGACAUCACCCAGUCAAUAUGUUGAUCAUGAUUCUUCAUAUUUUCAUCACAAAGAUUGUCGUAUGUGAUUUUUUUGUUGCUGAGACAGUUUUUCAUCGAAUUCCAUUAUUUCCAGCACCAGUAAAAUGUGACACGCCUGUCAAAAUGAAACUUCCAAAAAACAAUGACGAAGAAGUGAUUGCACAUACCAACGAGAACUUUUUGAAUGGAUCAAGUUCGGGAUCAUCGAUUUCUUCCAAAUCGGUAACAGCAGAAAUUCGAGAACCUCUCAAAGUUGCCCCGAAAAAUGAAUCUGAACAACUUACAGGUAUCAAAAUAUAUUCAAUAACAUAUUCAGAUAACUAAUGAUUGAAAUUUUCAGUUGAUUUCAAUAAAUUGGCAUUGUUCAAUCCAAAAGAACCAGAAAUACGGCUUUCACAAAGACGAAGAUCAGAACAGAAACAAAAAGAAGAGCGGAGAUCAGCAAUUAAUUCAAAAUCACAAACUGUUAGUUCGACAAAUCGUGCAAGAUCUGGAAGUGUCAAACGAGAAGGAUCGAUUCCACGCCUUCGUGCUCCUUCUGUUCCAAGAACUAAUCCAACUACAGAAUCGGCUCAAAGAUCAAGAUCUGGAAGUGUGCAAAGAGCCCCAUCUGUUCCCAGAACAGUUUCGACUCCUGGAGUUGUAACAAGAUCUAUGGCAAAAUUAACACAGCAUGCAAGGUAUUUUUUAAUUCCAAUUGCCUAAUUGUUCUUUAAUUUUCUAAUUUUCAGCGUGACUGUAACAAAAAGUGAUCCGCAUGUUCGAAGAAGUGUUAUGCCGGUUAAAAUUGCGGCAAAAACUCCGGUUUCGAAUAAUUUGCAAACAGCCAAUGAUAGAUCAAGAGAUCGAACUCGUCGAGUUAAUACAACUGCUCAAAUUGACGCGAAUACAAGAAGAAGUGUUAUGACAAAUGGAACACCAGCUACUGCACAACCAAAGCGAGCAAGUUCAUUAACUCGAACAAAUCCAACCAAUUCAGAAGUUACCAGUAUGUUUUUUCACAAAUUUCAAAUGAAUCAAACAAAUUGUUUGCAGAGACUCGACCAAUUGCGACUGCAAAUCGAUCAUCAACACUCAGACAAAGUCUUAUUAAAAAGGUUACAAGCGAUGCUCAAAAACCUGCUGAACCUCCAGUUAUUCCGUCUCGUAAUCGUGUUCCACUUCGUGUGAAACCAUCAACUCCACUUUCAACAUCGGAAUCAAAACCGGCUUUCAAUUCAGCAAGUCGACCAAUCAGAUCAUUGGCCAAACCGGCGACUUCUUCUGCAAAUUUGAAAAAUGCUACUUCGGAGAAUGAUUUGGCUCAAAAGAAGCCAAUAUCAUCGAAUUAUGCCAGUGCACUUUUCAACCGUUUAUCGACUCCAAAAUCUGGAGCAUCUACUCGACCAGUUCCAGCCACAAGUACACCAAAACAAGUUUCGAGUGUAAGAAGAAGUGCGGUUAGACCAGUUCCAAAUUAUGUCAGGAAAGUCAAUAGUGUUGGGUGAGUUUUUGUUUAAAUUAUUACAAGGGAAUAGUUUUCAAGAGAUAGAUUCUGAAUCGGACAAUUUUCUAAAAGUAGAUUCAGAAUUUUACUCAAAAAAUCGGACGUGGUUCGAUUCAUCUUCGGUGGUCUUUCUGCCUAUUAAAAAAAUAAUGUUUGCAGUCUUCCAACCGGUGCUGGAACUCAUGGAAUUCGUGCGCCAUCACGUGGUCGAACACCAUCAAGAGAUUCGAAAAACUCCUCGGCAACAUCCUCUCAACUUCCACCUCCAUCAUCUGAAUCUUCUGAAAAGUAG